UUGAUCCCCCGCGCUUCGCUCCCGCUUUUCACCCCCCGCCCCCUUCGCCCGUGUAAAUAUUAUGUUUUUAAGUGCCAUCUACUACGCUGCCGCGCUCGUCGUCCUAGGAGCUUGUGCCACUUCUCAAGAUAGUUUCGCACCUAUAAAGGCGAAACGGCAGAUAUACCGUGAGCAGGUUCUGCCGGCGUUCGGUGGGAAAAUCCCGGAGGACGCGUUUCGGGUGGACCGGCUGGCGCUGAACCGGCUGAACGCCCUGGGGAUCUCGAUACCGGACGGAGUGCUGCUGGAGCACCGCCCGGAGGAGAAGCACCACGGCUCCCACCGACACGACCCUGAUCUCGAGGCCUCCGUCAUCAAACUCGUCCAGACCCCGGACGGCCGCUACGUCCCGCCGGAGGGACAACACACCCACAACCACAACCAGGUGGAGUCAACUUACGUCAUCAGACCUCCGGUAGGAUACAAGCAUCACGUUCAACCUCAAAAACCCCGCCCAGGGACUAUCUCAAUCCCCACAAAUCAAAACUACAACUUGCAGAGUUACAACUUGCAAAGUCAUAACUUGCAGAGUCAUAACUUGCAAAGUUACAACUUGCCAAGUCACAACCUGCAGAGUCACAACUUGCAAAGUCAAAACUUGCAGAGUUACAACAACCCAUCAAGUUACGAUAAUCACGCCACCUAUGGAUAUAACGACGUGUACUCGUUCAUGAACCAAUACGAUGUUCCUUCCUUCUACAGCAAGCCCUCCAUGUCCCAGGUUUGGGGAGGUUUCGGCGUGCUGUUCCCGGACUUCCUAGCCCGGCACCUGCGGGAGGCGAAGCCCCCUCAAGGGGUGCACGCGACCGGGCCCGAGGGUGGUUUGAUCUCCGAUUACACUCUGGUCACGAAUCAAGUGUCAGAGUACCCCGACUACCAAACGAUGCCAACCACUAAAUUCGUCUGCGACAGGUCCGGUCAACUCCAGCCUGAUCCAGAGGCCAAAUGUCAGGUGUUCCACUUAUGUCAUUACGAUGGACAAAAAGAAUCAUUCUUGUGUCCAGUUGGAACAAGAUUUGACGCCAAAACCAGUGAAUGCAACCCAUGGCACAUGACACCUUGUCAACCAAAGGGUCGAUAAGGGACUGAAUAGAAUUGCAAGGGACAGAACUUUCUGUCUGUCUUUAAUUUCUUUUGUAAAUAUUGACUUUCUCCCGUUUCAUGCCAUCCAUUCCGAGACCAAAUAGGUUAAGUUUACAAUUACUCAUCAGAGGCCAUUGGACUUUAUUUAUAUAUCAUUUGUGUGUAAUGUAUUUCUCAAUCUUUUUGUAAUAAAUAAGUAUUUAUAAAACUAAA